UUAUCAGUAACUUAGAAAAAUUGUUUGAUUUUUAUUUAUUUAUUUAUUUAUUUUUUUUUUAUAUUAUAUGAUACACGAAUAUGUGACUGCAAUGACAAUUAUCAUAACAAAAUCCAUAUCGUUUUCUUAUUUCUUUGUAUAACUUGCCAUAUACCUUUUAAUAUCUUUAAGGUUGGUUGUCAGGAACCGAUACAUAGAAGGUAUUCUCCAUCCAAGAUAUUCAUGCAUCCUGAUUUCACAAAAUUAGCCGAUUCACUCACUUGAUUUACUCGACUAGCUGCCAUUAAUUGGCAUACAAUAUAUCAUAGUAGCGAAAGGCCAGUGUUAGGUGGAAGCAGCUCAUGUCUGAAGGCAUAUCAGUUCCCAAGUAAGACAACAAUAAGUGCACAGUACAAAAAUGUCUGGGUUGUGUCCUGUUCAGAUUUAAAGGCACACUCCCUAUCGUGACUCAAAAUAACGUACGUACAUUACAUUUUCACCUCUCGGUCAUCAAAUCCCCACCUCUCAGGGCUCUUACUCUGCCUCGAUCAGUGCUACCUUGGACCCAGUUGAGGUGGUUACUCUCCCUCUCAUCCUGGAUGUCAGGCCUUAUUUUUGGUUCCGACUAGAAUCUACAGGGACGAUUGAUUAAAUCAUUACAACCCCAAAUGGGGGCAUACCCUUUCUUUAAGUGCCUCAGAGUAUCAACGCCAUCCCUGAAGCCUCGCUGGUGACUGAUCAAUACAGCUCUUCUCCCGCCCCAUUCUGCUGGAGAGAGAGAGAGAGAGAGAGAGAGAGAGAGAGAGAGAGAGAGAGAGAAUACGUCGCAAGCCGCUUCACUGUAGCUCGUGUCCCUUUCAGGGAGUGAUGAAUGGAGAGUAACAGAAAAAUAGCCACCGUGCAAAUGGGUAGCUGGCGACGACGCUCCGGCAGAUCUACCCGGAAAUGCUUGAUUGCAGUAUUGGUGGUGGUGGUGACGGCCGCUGGGCUGGUAAUACUAAUGGGGGCGGUAGAGCAAGCAGCCUCUCCCGGCACUGCUGGAGUACAGGCAGAGCUGAACUGGCACCGGCACUCCUCCAUGGCAGAUGAUCACACGUCGCCCGACCUGCAGAAAGGGCCAGGGAUAGUGGUGGUUAAAGUUAGCAAAAGUGAAAGCCUGCUGGAGAGGUUACUGAACGGAGCGGGUGUCUCAAAUAUUAUUACCUUGGAUAUGAAUCAGCCGGCAUCGAGCGACGUAACGUGCUUCCAUACCAAGACUGAGCCAAGUUACGCUGUCUGUCCUCACCCCUCCACACUAGACCGCCACAUUUCGAACCAGCUGAGGACGGAGGGCGUGUGGCAACCUCGCACCCUUGCUUUACUCGCCACUGCCUUACAUCACUACCCGUCCAGUACUCUGGUUGAUGUCGGGGCUCAUGUCGGAGUGUUCAGCCUUUAUGGGGCGCGCCUCGGAGCGACUGUAUUAGCAGUAGAACCUGUUUGGACAUCGGCUGUGCGUCUUCACGCUGGUGCGGCUGCAGGAGGUGUCUCUGGACGUGUCAAAAUACUCUUCCACGCUAUGACUGGCGAGGCGACUCAAGUCAAACUAAAGUACAAGGAUGGUAAUCUUGGAGGCACAUCCGUGGUGGAAGUCACUCCGCAGGAUGCAGAUUCCCCUCGCUCCUCGGGACGCCCCGAAUUGAUCACUUCUAUAACACUCGAUUCCUUGUCACCUCUCAUUAGUAAUACCUCAGUCAUUAUCCUCAAGAUUGACACCGAGGGAAGGGAAUGUGAUACGAUAUCAGGUGGGCGGGAACUGCUCACCUCUCACUUCACGCCUUAUAUCUUCAUGGAAUGGGCGGUGAUGGCCAACAACCGACACAAGUACCACGCUCCCUGCAGUCCUAACCACCUUCAGGAAAUGGUUGAGUGGCUGACAUCCCGAGGCUACCACGCCCACAUCUCCAAGUCCGGGGCCCCUCUUAUUCCCGCUAAAGUGGAUUCAUGGAGGGUGGGGGACAUCUACUGGAAACAUUCAACGGCUCCAUCCCUCCACCCUUCCGCCCACUAACCACUUAUCAUGUAUUCCUCUUUACACAAAAUUAUUUUCUCCGUAUACCUGGUCAAAGGCAAGGAGUUUUUUAUUAUUUUUAGAAAAUGUGGUGUGAUAGUGAACAGUAUUGGAAUGUAUAUUAUGAAACUUGGAAGCUCCACAGGCUUUCAAAGACAGAAAAGCAACAAUAGAACAUAUAAACAUGUCCAUGGUGAGGCUUACAUCUCGCGGUUAUUUUUUUCCGCCGCAACAGUAAGGUACUUAAAAUGAGACGCCUACAAUAUCAAUGACUGGACAACAUGGGGUGGAAACUCCUGCCAGAUGCUCAUUGCUCAAGGAUCAAGAAGAAAGACGAGUUUCCACUUGUCAUAUUUGGUGUCCAUAUUUUUAAUUAAAGUUUCAAGGUGGCAGCUGAGAAUAUUCCAGGUGAUGUGUUAAAAUAAUUAGGUAGUGGGAUUUGAGCAGGCACAUCAAGCUCAGCGUGGUUAUGAAGUGAUGGAAUUAAAUAAGAUAAGAAAAUAAGUUCACUUAAAGAAAUUGUAAGAUGCAAUCAAAAUAAAUUAGUAAAAGCAGAUUCAUUACAAUGAAUAAUAUGAUUUCCUCUUCUUUGGUCAAUUAUUGUAAUAUAUGCCAUGCAUCCAUUUAUGUUGAUAGUCUUUGCUUAUAAAUAUUGUACAUAGUGAAAUAAUUACAUUAAAAAAAUGAAAUGAA